AUGGCAUCAACCGAUAUCAAAAAGGCCGAGUCGGCCAAGCAGGGACCGCCCAAGAUAUCUGAUUAUAAGGAAAUUCUUGAUGAGAGCACAUUCGAACAAAUCCUUGAGAUGGACGACGACGAGGAGGAUCGCGACUUCAGCAAGAGCAUCGUGUAUGGUUUCUUCGAGCAGGCCGUGAACACCUUCCAAAAAAUGGAAGACAGAUUAACUGACAAGAACCUUGCUGAACUCUCUGAUCUCGGACACUUCCUCAAGGGCUCCUCCGCCACACUCGGCUUGGUUAAGGUCAAGGAUGGUUGUGAAAAGAUCCAGCACUUCGGCGCCAAGAAGGACGAGACAGGCACUAUGGAUGAACCAGACCAGGAGGUUUGCCUCAAGGCUAUCAGAAACACCCUGGAUGAAGUCAAGGCCGCAUACAGCAAGGUUGAGAAGGUCCUCCGAUUGUACUACGGCGAGGAGGUGAAGGUCGAAGAAGAGGAGCCGAAAGAAGCAAAGCCCGAGGCAAAGGAGGAAAAGCCCAAGGAAGAUCCCAAGAAGGAGACCAAGGAGGCUAAGGAGACUGCCAAGGAGCCUACUAAAGAAGCUCCCAAGGAAGCCACUAAGGCAGAUGCGAAGGAAUAA